AUGUGUUGGUGGCGAGCGUUGGUGGCGGCGGCGGUGGCGGCGGCGUUUUGUGUUGGAACAGGAACAGGAACAGCAGUGAAUGUGGUGUCGAAGGUGGAGGAUGCAGCUAACUUCCACAUCUACUACGGCCAGACCUUCAAAGUCAUCAAGAAUGUCAUUGACGCCAAGAGCUACCUUCUCAUCCAGAAUAACUCGAGGAUGGCCGCUACGAGGACAAAGUACUGCACCCAAAGGAUCCGAUCUUUUGUGGUUCCUUUCUCAAACUUCUCCGCUGAUACUUACUUCUUCCCUGAAGAUGGAAUGCAGUUGCUAGGGUUACUGGGGCUUCUGAAGGGAAUCACAACAAAUGCAGUGGCGUCUGCAUGUGCUUUGAAACUAUAUGGAGAAGGACAAAUUACAAUACUUAAUAAAGAUGCACCGGAAGACUUGAUGCAAUUUGCUGCCCAUUUUGUAACCAACACUGAUCAACAACAGACCUAUUGCAACUUGGCUGAUUUCCUGCCUUUCUAUGAGGACCACCCUUUACAGCGAGCAGAGUGGAUAAAAUUCAUCGGUGUUUUCGCAAACCUGGAGACAAGAGCCAACCAAGUUUAUGAUAUGAUUAAAGAAAAUUAUUUGUGCUUAGCUGGAGCUGUAGCCAACCAGUCCAGACCGUUCAAGCCGGUGGUAGCCUGGCUCGCUUUCUACAAUGACAUUUGGUCCUUCACCCAGGAUAAGUCCAAGUUGAAGUACGUGGAAGAUGCAGGUGGGGAGAACAUAGAUACCUCUAUCAACAGAAUCACUUACAAUACCUCCAAUCCAGAUGACUUGGAGGCACUUCAUGCUAUCCUUUGUCAGACGGUGGACGUGGUGAUUGAUGAAACCGCAACUCUUGAUCCCGCGGCAUACACGGUGUCAAGCUUCCUUGACAACGUGGGUGUCGAAGACCACUCUUGCUUUGCUUUCCUCACCAACCAAACCUUGUGGAGAUACGAUAAACGAGCCUACAAUUCAACUCUUGACUGGUACGACGGAGCAGUGUCGCAGCCUCAAUUGGUUUUAGCAGAUCUUAUUCAAGCAUUUUCCUCGCCCGGGAAUGCUUCCACCACCUUCCUAAGGAACAUCGCUAAGGGUGAAGGAGUUUUAAGCAUAGACGGCAGCAUGUGUGGCAGCCAAGAUUUUUCAACUCCCAUGGAUCCAACCAUCCUGCCCUGCCCAUAA